UCCAGCUUCCAGCACCUUGGGUCUGCCAGUCACAACUGAGACUCGCUUCCUUAAGCUUUCCCCAUCUUACCUUCCCGCAACCCAGUUCUUCGGGUUCUCCUCUACUGGACUUGAUUUCCUCUAUUCCCCUCGACGUGAUUGUUGCAUGUCUCCUUUGGACGCCUUGAUCAGCAACCGGACUGCAUCCCAUCAUCCCAUCUAUCUAUCUAGCACUCGCAACCAUUGGUGGUGAUCCGCUAGCCAGUCCUAUCGCGGCCGAGUUCAAGUGCACACUCACUUGCGCCACCUCUUCUCCUAUCGUGCCUCACCCAAGUUCAAUUAGCUACAAUGGCUACACAUGCUCCCGAAGCGCUUGCGCAUUCGCAUUCGCGAUGGAGUCGGCCAACCAGAUCUGGCAAGAGGAUACACUACGACCUCUCAGUCAUUCAACAGCCCGAACGUGCCAGAGCAUGUGGCUCUGGACCCAAGUCUUCGGCGGACCGUCGCCCAGUAGAUCCGCCGCCUAUUGUUCGUUUGAUGGUGUAUGAGGGUGAGACCUUCGAGACUGCCAAGGAUGUCACAAUGGACUACAACUCAGACUUCUUUCUCUUCGUGUCCCUGGAGAACGCUCGCCCGAUGGCACACGGCCGUGUCCAGACUCCGGCUGCGACAUCGCCGCCAGUCUUGACCGGUGUUCCAGUUUCUGCAUGUUGCUACCUGGACCGGCCCUCUCCCGCUGGUUACUUCUUGUUCCCGGACCUCUCAGUAAGACAUGAGGGACGCUACAAACUAAUAUUCAGAUUGUACGAGCGCAACAAGGAUGCUGGCGACUACCCCGUUGAACAGUCCGACAACAUGGAAGACGACGACGGCCUUUUCUUCACUUUCUUGAAUGAAGUCCGGUCGCACCCUUUCACGGUUUUCAGUGCCAAGAAAUUCCCAGGUCUUGCCGAGAGUACGCCGCUCAGUCGGACGGUUGCAGAGCAGGGCUGCCGCGUACGUAUUCGUAGAGACGUCCGUAUGCGCCGACGUGAGAAUAAGGCAGGCCCUACCAAUGAAUACGAACAACGUGAGGAGGAACACCGCAACGCCCCGAGAACGCAAUCUCCAGCAGAUGCCUACAGGAAUCGUUCUGGUAGUCACUCGAGUCUGGAUCGCCGGCCGUCUGGGUUUGAACAUCAACCUCCUCUUGCGCCCAGCAACAGCCGUGUUUUGAAUUUCAAUAGGCCAGCUUACGACAGGCCGUACCCGCCUGCGCCCGCACCGUCUUCAGAGCCGGUAUCACCAGCUGCACAUACUCCAGGAUAUCGCGGCUCUUUCGCACCACCUCCUCACCCCUCGACGCCUACUUACUCCCACCCGUAUGCGGAUAGACAGCCCAUUCCGCCAGAGGAAAGACGUUCAUCCUUAGCUUAUGCACCACUCUCAGCGGCGUCGAGCUACGGACCGCCGAUUCAGCCAAGGCCUCCGAUACCACCCAUUGACACAAGCUUCCGUCGCGAUUCGCAACCGGCGCCAAUCAUCAAAGCCGAGCCAUCACCAACGACAACAGCGCUGCCUAGUGCUAGCUCUUGUGCGGGCCAUGUUUCAUCGUCGCUCAAGAGCGCCUAUGAGGAAUUCAGAGAUGGAACCCAUCCUGGGGACGAGAUGAGGAUUAAUUUGAGUUACCGGAGAGCGGGCGGAAAUAACGCGGACAAGGAAUCGCCUGGUUAUAUGGGAGAAGAGUCUCAGCUCGCCCCGAUUGAUCCUCAGCUGCAAGCUGAGGACCGACAGGAGCGGGAGCGCGAGCUCAUCGAGUUCAGGCGCGAGCAUGAGCGCAAGCGUGAAAUGGAGCAUGAGAAUGAGUAUGUCUCGCGCAAACGAUCCUUCCGAGAUGUCAUAGACAAUCAUUGAGUUUGACUGCCGACCAAACUGCAACACGACUUUUCUUUGCUACUAUUUCUUCUUAUCCCCACCCUUCUCCAUUCGAGUUAGACCUUGUAUAUAGACGUCGCGUUAUGCAAGGGGCAGUCCAUUCACUGCAUGUGG